AUGAUAUUGCUUCUUCUACAGCUCCAGUUUUGUUUGUCCAUAACAGCAACAACUUGCAUCCAAAAGGAGCGUAAAGCUCUUCUUCAAUUCAAGAAUAGUUUCUAUGAUGAUCCUUCUCAUCGCUUGGCUUCGUGGAAUAAUGGAACUGAUUGCUGUAAUUGGAAUGAAGUUGGAUGCAAUCAAACUACCGGAUAUGUUACUAUCAUUGAUCUUCGACGUGAUUUUCAACAGGUUGACUUCCACAUACUACCUUUAUACAACAAUUAUUCCACUGAUUCUAGUUUGCUCGAGUUGAAAUACUUAAAUUAUUUGGAUUUAAGUGGGAAUCACUUCAACUUUACUCAAAUCCCAAGCUUUUUAGGUUCAAUGGUUGAGUUAACAUAUCUUAAUCUUUCUAAUACAAUCAUUUCGGGUAAAGUUCCCCCUCAUUUAGGAAAUCUUACUAAAUUGAAAGCUUUUGAUUUAUCAUUCAAUUAUCAACUGCAAAGCAAUAAUGGUGAUGUUGAAUGGAUAUCUCACCUUUCAUCAUUACAAUUCCUUGGCUUUACUGACAUGGACUUCUCAAAAUCUUUGAAUUUGAUGCAAAUUAGAGGGGGUGACGACGAAUGUUUUAUCCAACUUGGAAAUUUGGAGUUGUUAGACAUAUCAAAAAACUUGUUCUUCAAAGUUGUUCUUACAGAAGCUGGUUUUGCAAAUCUCUCUCGUUUGGAGACCUUAGUGAUUGACCAUAAUGAGCAUCUUUCAUUGGACAUGGGUAAUCUUUCUUAUAUUCUACAACUGUACCUGAGAAACAAUAAUUUUGAGGGGUCCAUGCCAAUUGUAUUGAAGAAUUCUCACUUUUUGGAUACGUUAGAUCUUGAAGGAAAUAAAUUCUCUGGAAAUAUCCCCAUAUGGGUAGGCAAUAAUCUUCUAAAUUUGCAAUUGCUAAUACUACGAGGUAAUUUGUUCAAUGGAACCAUUCCUUCAACUCUAUGCAAACUCACUGGGUUGCAGAUAUUGGAUCUUGCACACAAUCAAUUAGAAGGAGACAUUCCACCAAAUCUCAGCAACUUCAAUGUAAUGACAAGAAAACGUUCUACGGAUGGUUAUUACUACUACUGUAAAUAUUCAAAUGCUGAAAUGUGCUAUCAUAGUGAAAAGUAUGUCGUACAAAACAUCAAGUCAAGUGAGUUAAAUUACUCCAUGAAACAACUAAAAACAUUUUUGGUAAAAAUAGACCUCUCCAAAAAUCAUUUGGUCGGUUCCAUUCCAAGUGAGGUAAUUAUGCUUAAAGGAUUAUUUGGAUUGAAUUUGUCCCACAAUAAUUUAGUUGGGACAAUUCCUGCUGAAAUAGGAGAAAUGAAGGUGUUAGAAUCACUCGACUUAUCUUUCAACAAACUUUCUGGACCAAUUCCAAGGAGUCUAUCAAAACUAAGUUCAUUAGGCGUGUUGGUGUUAUCUCACAACAAUCUUUCUGGAGAAAUUCCUCGAGAAGGACAUCUCUCCACAUACAAUGAAGCUUCAAGUUUUGAUGACAAUCCAUAUCUAUGCGGGGAUCCACUUCCAACGAAAUGUGUAAAUGAGAAUUCACCUGAACCACAAUUAAAAGAUAUGAACAAUGUGGAUGAAGAGGAGGAUAAAUGGGAGAAGUGGUUGGUUUACAUAAUGAUAAUUGUUGGAUUUAUAGUUGGAUUUUGGGGAGUUGUGGGAAGUUUAAUCUUGAAGAAGAGUUGGAGAUAUAAAUAUUUCAAGUUUGUGGAUGAGACUUAUUACAAGGUUGGUGCAACCAUUUGGAAGAGCAUAGAAUUUCUUAAAGGAAUCUGCAGUCCCAAAUGA